CUAACUGCUGGAUUUGUUUCAUAAGCGCGGGCAAAGUUUAAUAAAGUUUGACCGACCGUUGUUUCAGGCGAGCUUCUUUUCUCCUGAUUUAACUGUACAAAAAGAACAUCUAACCGAGCCACUAUCAGCAGAGUUCAUGAUGGAAGACCUGUGGCAACUGACCACUGUUUAUACGACCUCUGACCUCUACCCCGUGAACCUCACCGGCCUUAGUAAUCUGGAGAACUCCACAAGCUCCAGCUGGAUCCCCGGCAUCAAGUUCUCCCCUUACUACCAACACUCAGUAGCUGUGGCGAUCAUGUUCACCCUGGCCUACAUGUUUAUCUUCCUCCUGUGCAUGGUGGGAAACGGGCUGGUGUGUCUGAUGGUGGUGAAGAACCGCCACAUGCGGACCGUCACCAACAUCUUCAUCCUCAACCUGGCGAUCAGCGACCUGCUAGUGGGAAUUUUCUGCAUCCCAACCACGCUGGUGGACAACCUCAUCACAGGUUGGCCCUUCAGCAAUGCAGUUUGCAAGCUGAGUGGUCUGGUGCAGGGAAUAUCUGUAUGCGCAUCUGUCUUUACCCUGGUGGCCAUUGCCAUACACAGGUUCCGUUGUAUUGUUUACCCUGUCAAGCCCAAGCUAACACUGUUUGUUGCUAAGGCAACUAUAGGUUUAGUGUGGGCUUUGGCAUUGGUGAUAAUGGUGCCUUCAGUUGUUAUGCUGACGGCAGAGAGAGAAGAAGGCCACUUUGUCGUCUCCGUUGACAACCAGACCCUCCCUCUGUAUUCGUGCUACGAGACGUGGCCAGAUCCGGAGAUGAGGAAGGCCUACACCGUGGUGCUCUUCACUCACAUCUACCUGGUCCCUCUGGCCCUCAUCAUGAUCAUGUACAGCUGCAUCGGAGCCAAGCUCUACUCCACAGCCGUCAUGUCCAGCUUGGAGACUCCCGAUGGUGUGCGAGUAGGCAAGCCUCCCAUCUCACUGCGGAAAGUAAAGGUCAUUAAGAUGCUAAUAUUGGUGGCUCUGCUUUUCACGCUGUCUUGGCUUCCCCUGUGGACCCUCAUGCUGAUCACAGACUACGCCAGGCCCGAAGGAGCCCAGCUCGAACUCCUGACGGGCUACAUCUUUCCCUUCUCCCAUUGGCUGGCUUUCUCCAACUCCAGCGUCAAUCCCAUCAUCUACGGCUACUUUAAUGAGAAUUUCAAGAGGGGCUUCCAGGCGGCUUGUCGCCCUGGCUGCUGCUGCGACAUGGUCCCGCAGGAGCGCUCCGCCCGCCACAAUCUCCCCCGCAGCAAGACGCAGACUCAGACCCAGCGGGACACGGCCCAGAGCGCCAACCCCCUGAUCCUUGGCGUGAGGAACCGUAUCUACACGGGCAGCGACCCAACCGGCUGCGUGUGCCUGGAGAUGGAGCAGAAGAGAGAGGAGGGGAGCAUGGAGGCAGAGGGCUCGGGGGCGGAGGGCACCAAUGGUGGGCUGGCGAUGAAGAGGAGUCCCUGUGUUGACGAUGGAGAUCGGGUGUCUGCUGUGGGGGCCGUUGUGUGUCGAGCAUGGGAGCUCUGAGGACACGGGGGUGCGAGAGAUGGGAGACUAUGGGAUGCUCCGUCUCUUGAGUCCUCCUAGUGAGGGAUGAUUGUCUGGGACGGGGGCUGUUUCUGAGGAUGCUCCGAGUACCUCGGAGAAUACUUGGCUGAGAAUUGUGGCUUUCAAGUGUCCAAGCCUGAAGAUGUAUAAAUGAUGUAUGAAGGGAAUUUUGUUAUUUGUUUACGUAAAGCAGAACUUCCUAAAUUAAAUUCAGGGAGAUUAGAAAUUAAUGUAUUUGAUAAAUACAAGUAUGUUGAAUCCUCGACUUGACGACCAUAAUAUGGAUAUUUGCAUUAUAAAG